UUUUGGCACAUUAAGAAAUAGUUGUAGAUAUAGAAGUAGGGCCAUGGCAGAGAGGAAUUAUGAGGGCCUUUUCCCAUCAUGCCACUCAUAAACUUAAUAACUAAACUCUCAAGCCAGCUUCCAUAAAUUCUUCCUUCCUUUCUAAGGUCAAACUAUCUCCUGCAUCUGUUCAUCUUUUCCCCUCAUCAUGGAUCCAAGAAAAGUUCACAGUGACACACAUGACCAGGUCAAGCUUUACUUGAACUUAGCUAAUUCUGAAGAUCGAUUCUUCCUUCGGGAACCAUUAGGAAACAUAAAUAAUUCCUUACCACAUACAACAAACAACAUUUGUGUAGGUGAGGCUGGUGAUAAGCUUCUGAAAGAUCCAAGCAAGGAGAACAAUUUGGAGACUUGUAGUGAGGAAACGGAACAAUGUCAGAACAAUAUCCACGAACUGGGAUGCAAUAGCCUGAAAGUAACUGAAGAGAUGAGGAAUCAAAUCAAUGAAAAGUGUAAGGAGGCUUUUGAAGUCCUAGCUAAAGGUGAACUUCAGAAAGCAGUUCAUUUGUUCACUGAAGCCAUUGAGUUGAAUCCACAUAUUCCUAGUUCCUACAUUAACCGGGCCAGUGUCUUUAUGCAGUUGCAGGAGGCACGGGCUGCCAUUAAAGACUGUGACAUAGCCAUUGAACUGAAUCCCAAAUCACCAGAGUCAUUCAGACUGCGAGGGAAAGCAUUCCAGAAUUUGGGGCUUUGGGAAGAGGCAGCCUGUGAUCUUGCUUUAGCUUCUAGGCUGGAGUAUGAAGAAGAAGCCAAUGCUGUGGUAAAAAGAUUGAAGUUAGGGUUUCAAAGGAUUUCUGAGACACGUGCAAAGUGUGCCUUAAGAUACAAGGAAUCUGAGUUACUGGAGCAGGUUAAGAAUGUAGAGGCAACUUCAAAGGCUGAUGCACAAGAUCAGAGAGAGAAAGAUUUUAGCACACCAUUGGAGAAUGAAACAGCAAAUGGCAAAUUAGAUCAUGAGGGCGAGUUCCAACACAUGCUAAAUGAAAAUGUGGAGACAGUUGAGAUGUGGAAGCAAACCAAUGAAAAAAAGAAAGAAGCCUUUGAUGCAGUGGAGAAAGGUGAACUACAAAGAGCCAUUGACCUGUUCUCUGAAGCUAUUGAAUUAAACCCCCGGUGUGGCAACUUGUAUGUUUGCCGAGCCAGUACCUUUCUAAAGCUGCGUCUGCCACAUGCUGCCAUAAGCGACUGCAAUCAAGCUAUAAAAUUAAACCCUGAUGCAGCAUUACCAUAUAAGUGGCGCGGGGGGGCAUUUCAUCUGUUAGGAUACUUGCAGGAGGCCGCUAAAGAUCUUUCUUUGGCCUGUCAGUUGGAUUAUGAUGAAAAUACAUAUGCCAUGUUGAAGGAGGUAGAAGCAGAGACCAAGUCAUUCACUCAAUGUUGGAGAAAGCAUGAAGGAAAAUGUAAUACAGAAUCAUUUACAGAAAAUAUGGAAAGGAUGAAAGAAGCCCUUGUAGACCCAGAGAGUACACAGACAAAGAUUCCAUUGAAAACACCAAAACACCAAGAUACCGUUUCAGAAGAACAAGAAAGGAGUAAAUUUAAACUCUCCAAAGUAAAGGAUGUUCCAUAUGAUCAUGCCCAAGAACAUGAACCAUUUAUUCAUUUCCCAGAGGAACAAUGCAAAGCCUAUCCUCUGUAUGCUGCAGAACAAGAAAAAGGUCAACUCAUAGCACAUGAAAAAUACGAAACAUCUGAAGUUCAGGAAAGAGAGAUUCAGAAGGGAACUAAGAGUGAUUUUGAAUGCACUAAAUCAGAGAGUGAGGAGAGUGAAUUGGAAAUUGAUACUGAAGAGGUGAUUGAACCAGAUGAAGAUGUUCCUCAAGAGAUGGGAGAUGAAAACUUGAAAGUAACAGAUGAAAUGCGAAAACAGGCCAGUGAAAAGAAAAGAGAAGCUAUUGAUGCAAUCAAUAAAGGCGAACUUUUUAAAGCUUUAGAUCUGUUCACUGAAGCUAUUAAGCUAAACCCACGCCUUACCAUUUUAUAUGCAAACCGAGCCAAGGUCUAUAUGAAGCUUCAGAAACCAAAUGCUGCAAUUAGGGACUGUGACAAAGCCAUACAGAUCAACCCUGAUUCGGCUCAGCCCUACAAGUGGAGAGGAAGAGCAUUGCAGCUACUUGGUUACUGGCAAAGGGCUGCUAAAGACCUAGCCUUGGCCUGCCAAUUGGAUUAUGAUGAAGAAUCCUAUGCUAUGUUGAAGGAGAUACAGCCAAAGGCUCAGAAAAUUGCCAAAUACUGGCGAAAGCAUGAGCGGAAACUUGAGAAAAAGAAGUACAAGGAGCUUCUGGAAAGCCUUCACAAAGUUUGUGAGAAGCAUGAAAGACCACAAAGUAUACUUACAGGGUUAGAAAGUGAUGACAAGGUAGCCACUGAAGACCAGAGAAGGGCUUGGAAGGAAACCAUGAAUGAAUGGCAGGGAGUCAGACACACCGUCCUGAGGAAACAGGAGAGAAUGCCCCGGGAAGAGGUGGGAAGAAGUCUGCAAGAAAAUAUAUGGAUACAAUAUAGAUCUUUUGAAAAGGAGACUGAUGAACAAGACAACUUUCAGCAGAAGCUACUGGAGGAGCAAGAAAGAAUUCAGCACAAGGAAGUAAAAUACCAGGGAACAGUCCAGCAGAAAGAGCUGGAGGAACAGUUAAGAGCCCUUCAGCAAGAACUUGAGGAAAAGCUUAGAGCUUAUCAAGAAGAACUGGAUGAAGAGGAGAAUUCUCUGAGAAGGUUAUUAAAAGAACAGGAAAAAUCACAUCAGAAGUUACUCUAUCAGCAAGAAAAAGCUUACAAAGUGAUCCUAGAAGAGCAGGCAAAAGCUCAGCUGCUAGCUCUCGAGGAACUAGAGAGAGCUCAGCAAACAGCUCUGGAGGAACUGGCAGAAGCUCGACUGACAGCCCUGGGGGAACAGGAAAGAGCUCAGCAACAAGUCCUGGAGGAAGAGGAGAGAGCUCUGAAAGCUCUGGAAAGUGCUCAUAAGCAAGCACUGGAAGAACAGAAGAAAGCUCAUGUGGUUGUCAUGGAAGAACAGAAACUGGCACACAAAAAAUCUCUAGAAGAAAAGAUGAUGGCUGAGGCAGCUCUGGGAGAACUCCAGAGAACUCAAAGGAAGUUUCAAGAAGAGCGAGAAAUGGCUGAAAAGAAAACAAUUGAAGAAAAAGAAAAAGCUCAGAAGACCCUAGAAAAAAUAGAAAGUGCUCAAAAGAAGGCUGUGGAGGAACAGGAAAGAGCCCAGAAAGCCCUAGAAGCUUUAGAAUUUGUUCAUAAACAGGCUCUGGAGCAGCAGAAAAAAGCUCAGAUGGCCAUCAUGGAAAAAGAGCAAGCACAGAAAAAAUCUCUAGAAGAAACAAAUAUGUCUGAAGACAUUGCUCAGAAGAAGGCCCUUGAGGACUUGGAGACAACUAGAAAAAAGGCACGGGAGGACCAGGAAAGAGCCCAGAAUGCCCUGGAAGCUCUUGAAAGAGCUCAUAAGCAGGCAUUGCAGGAACAGGAGCAAGCACAGAAAAAAGCUCUUAAAGAAAAGAAGAGGGCUGAGGCAGCUCUAGAAGAACUCUCAAAGGCCCAGAGAAAGAUCCAAGAAGAGCAGGAAAGGGCUGAGAAACAAGCAAUGCAAGAAAAAGGAGUUCUUCAGAAGAGCCGAGGGGAAUUAGAGAUUGCCCAAAAGAAGGCACUGGAGGAACAGGAAAGAGCUCAGAAAGCUCUGCAGGCUCUGGAACGAGCUCGUAAGCAGUUAUUGGAGGAAAAGAAGAAAGCCCAGGUGGUAGCCAUGGAAGAACAAGAUGAAGCCCAAAGAAAGGCUCUAGAAGAAAAGAAGAGGGCCGAGGCAGCCAUGGAACAACUCCAGAGAGUGCAAAGAAUGUUUCAAGAAGAGCAGGAAAUAGCUGAAAAGAAAGCGGUGGAAGAAAAAGAAUUACUUCAGAAGGGCCUAGAAGAAUUAGGGAUCGCUAAGAAGAAGGCUCUAGAGGAACAGGAGAGAGCUCAGAAAGCUCUGGAAGCUCUAGAAAGAGCACAUCAGCAGGCACUGGAGGAACAGAAGAAAGCCCAGGUGGCAGCCAUGGAAGAGCAGAACCGAGCCCAGAAAAAAGCUGUAGAAGAAAAGAAGAUGGCUGAGGCAGCCAUGGAACAACUCAUAGAGAUUCAGAGAAAAGUUCAAGAAGAGCAGGAAAGGGCUGAGAAAAAAGCUGUGGAAGAAAGAGAGGUACUUCAAAAGAGCCAAGAAGAAUUAGAGUUUGCUAAGAAGGCGGCACUGGAAGAACAGGAAAGAGCUCAAAAGGCUCUGGAAACUCUAGAAAGAGCACAUCAGCAAGCACUGGAGGAACAAAAGAAAGCCCAGAUGGCAGCCAUGGAAGAACAGGAAUUAGCACAAAAGAAAUAUCUAGAAGAAAAAAAGAUGGCAGAGGAAGCCCUGGAAAAACUCUUGACUAAGGUUCAGAAAGAACAGGAAAUGAUUGAGAAAAAAGCAAUGGCAGAAGAAGAGAAAGCCGAGAAGACUAAAAAAGAAUUAGACAUUGCUCAGAAGAAGGCCCUUGAGGACUUGGAGACAACUAGAAAAAAGGCACGGGAGGACCAGGAAAGAGCCCAGAAUGCCCUGGAAGCUCUUGAAAGAGCUCAUAAGCAGGCAUUGCAGGAACAGGAGCAAGCACAGAAAAAAGCUCUUAAAGAAAAGAAGAGGGCUGAGGCAGCUCUAGAAGAACUCUCAAGGGCUCAGAGAAAGAUCCAAGAAGAGCAGGAAAGGGCUGAGAAACAAGCAAUGCAAGAAAAAGGAGUUCUUCAGAAGAGCCGAGGGGAAUUAGAGAUUGCCCAAAAGAAGGCACUGGAGGAACAGGAAAGAGCUCAGAAAGCUCUGCAGGCUCUGGAACGAGCUCGUAAGCAGUUAUUGGAGGAAAAGAAGAAAGCCCAGGUGGUAGCCAUGGAAGAACAAGAUGAAGCCCAAAGAAAGGCUCUAGAAGAAAAGAAGAGGGCUGAGGCAGCCAUGGAACAACUCCAGAGAGUGCAAAGAAAGUUUCAAGAAGAGCAGGAAAUAGCUGAAAAGAAAGCGGUGGAAGAAAAAGAAUUACUUCAGAAGGGCCUAGAAGAAUUUGGGAUCGCUAAGAAGAAGGCUCUAGAGGAACAGGAGAGAGCUCAGAAAGCUCUGGAAGCUCUAGAAAGAGCACAUAAGCAGACACAGGAGGAACAGAAGAAAGCCCAGGUGGCAGCCAUGGAAAAACAGGAAUUAGCACAAAAGAAAUACCUAGAAGAAAAAAAGAUGGCAGAGGAAGCCCUGGAAAAACUCUUGACUAAGGUUAAAAAAGAACAGAAAAUGACUGAGAAGAGAGCAAUGGCAGAAGAAGAGAGAUCUGAGAAGACUAAAAAAGAAUUAGAAUUUGCUCAGAAGAAGGCCCUUGAGGACUUGGAGACAGCCAGAAAAAAGGCGAGGGAGGAUGAGGAAAGAGCCCAGAAUGCUCUGGGAGCUCUUGAAAGAGCUCAUAAGCAGGCAAUGCAGGAACAGGAGCAAGCACAGAAAAAAGCUCUUAAAGAAAAGAAGAGGGCUGAGGCAGCUCUAGAAGAACUCUCAAGGGCUCAGAGAAAGAUCCAAGAAGAGCAGGAAAGAGCUGAAAAGAAAGCAAUGAGAGAAAAAGAGGCAGCUCAGAAGCCCCUAGAAGAAUUAGAGAUUGCCCAAAAGAAGGCAUUGGAGGAGCAGGAGAAAGCACAAAAAGCUCUAGAAGCUCUGGAAAGAGCUCAUCAGCAGGCACUGCAGGAACAGAAGAAAGCCCAGUUUACAGUCAUGGAAGAACAGGAACUAGCACAAAAAAAGUCUCUAGAAGAAAAGAAGAGGGCUGAGGCAGCCCUGGAAGAACUCUUAAGGACUCAAAAAACAUUCCAAGAGGAGCAGGAAAGGGCUGAGAAGAAAACAAUGAGAGAAAAAGAAGAAGUUCAGAAGCUCUUAAAAGAAUUAGACAUUGCUCAAAAGAAGGCCUUGGAGGAAAAUAAAAGAGCUGAACACAAAGCCUUAGAGGAACAAAGGAUAGCCCAGCAGGCUAGGGAAGAGCUGGAGAGAGCACAUGCUAAAUCUAUAGAGGAACAGCAGAGAGCUCAGAUGAUGGCCUUUGAAGAACAGCAGAAAACUAAGGUGAUGCAUACUGAACUGGAGGAAACUCGGAACAAAGUGUUGGAGGAACAAGAAAGAGCACAGAAGAGAGCUGUAGAGGAACAAUUGAAAGCUCAUCAUAUUAUAGAGGAAUUGACAAAAGUUCAAAAGUCAGCUCUGGAGGAACAAGAAAGAGCCAGGAAGGCAGCCAUAGCAGAGCAGCAAAGAGCGGAGAUGAUGCUUAAGGAGCUGGAGGAAAGACACAGAAAAACCUUAGAAGAACAGGAAAUCAUACAGAAGAAGGCCCUUGAGCAACAAGAAAGAGCCCAUCUUGCAACAGAGGAGUUAGCAAAAGCUCAAAAGUCAGCUCUUGAGGAACAAGAAAGAGCUAGGAGGACAGCCCUAGCAGAGCAGCAGAGGGCCGAGAAGAUGCUUAAGGAGCUGGAGGAAAGACAGAGAAAAGAACGGCAAAGAACACAGAAGAAGACUGUUGAGCAACAAGAAAGGGUUCGUCUUGCUAUGGAGACAUUGGCAAAGGCUCAAAAGUCAGCACUGGAGGAACAAGAAAGAACCCGGAAGGCAGCCCUAGCAGAGCAGCAGAAAGCUGAAAUGAUGCUUAAGGAGCUAGAAGAAAAACAGAGCAAAGAACGACAAAGAAUACAGAAGAAAGCCGCUGAGCAACAAGAAAGAGCCCAUCUUGCUAUGGAGGAAUUGGCAAAGCGUCGAAAGGCAGCUCUGGAGGAACAAGGGAAGGCUCUGAAGAAGGCCCUGGAAGAACAGAAGACAACUGAAAAGGGCACGGUAGAAUUGGAGGGAGCACAGAAAAAGGCCUUGGAGGAAACAGAAGCACAGAAUAAAAAUCUACCACAAACUCAGGAACCUGUUUUUAAAAGGAUUCAUGAGGCGUGCAAGUUCAUACAGAAACUGGGUGCUAUUGAGCCAGAAGGAGCUCAUAGAAAGCUCUGUGUUCAGCAAGGAAAGGCUCGCAAGAACCUAGAACAGAAAGAACACCGGCAACCACAGAAGGUCCCGGAACAUGACAAGAGUUCACAAACGCCAUUCUCGGACUCUGUUUUGGACUUUUUCCAAACAGAGUAAAUUCCAGAACUCUGAUCCUGAAUGAGGGUUAGGGAAGGGAAAAGAUGGACUGAAUUUGAAAGUCAUCUGCAGGUACUGUGUUAAUGAAAGUAAAACUGGGAA